GUCUGGUCUGGACUUACCUCCAACCUUUCUCAAUUCCCUCGCAAAACUCUUCGCCUUCAAAUCUUGCCUGCACUCUAGACCAAAUCAAAGUUUACCGGGUUUUCGGGCACUGGCUGCUCCUUUGUCUCUUGUUCCUCUCCAGCUUAGCCCAAACCUUACAACAACGCUGAGACGAAACAUCUUCAUGAUCGAGUCGGUCACUCGAUUUUUACAUCGCGCCGACUUGUCGCAAGCUACAACCAGCUUGACUCUGCCAACAGUAGAACAUUUGCAUUGCGCUCCAUCUACACCUUGACCCAAUCCCGUAGCACAAGGGCCCUGGACCUCUCCAAUGCUAGCCGUUCAUCAUGAACGCGCAGGUAUCAUUUCUUGAUGGCACAUAUACGCUGAUUCACAUCCCUCUCAGCCUCUACUCGACCCUGCUCCAGCCAAUUCUCCGAGUACUUCUGCCACAAUCUCAGGGAACGGGAGGCCUGCGCGAUUCGCCCGAGUACGAGUUGCAGGGACUCACACCUGAUGGCCAGCAUGGCUUUCUGAAUAUUAGCAUCACUCCUCUUGAGUGUUCGGUUGUCUGUCACACCUCAUGGGCUCAAAAUGUCUUCGAGCCAGUCCUUAAAGCCAUGCCGCGCGACAUUGCGAAAACUGUUUCCGUUUCCAAAGAAUCCUAUAUGGUACUUUCAGUCAUAAGCGCUGGGCUUGAUGCAGGCGGUCGUGUGAUGGAAUUGACCUCUCCGCUAGCCCUCGCUGGUAUCCCCAUCUUCUUCAUCACGACCUAUUACUCAGACUUCAUCCUAGUCCCUACGAAAGAGCGGGAAAACGUGGUCAAGUCUCUCAUCGCAAAAGGCUUCGAGCUGUCCGACAACGAGUCCAACUUCAUCACUUCCGCUGCCAAUCACAAGCAGGGCACUGGGUUGUCUGCAACUUCUCCGCCACAUGAGGGCCUCCCUCUCAAUGUCGCUGAGUUGCAAACACGCAUUUUUGGUACACUUAAGAAGAGGCAUGUGGCACCCCAGAUUGAGGAAGCGCUUGAAUUGGUGCAAUGUUCAGGUCGCGAAGCAUCGCAGCUUGCAAACUUCACCCAUCAAAGGCCUUCAAUCAGCCGUCACGCAACAGGAAACGGCCGCCGACCAAGUUGGGCAGACAAUGUGGACACAAAGCUCUACACAUGCAUCAUCUCAGCGCUCGUCUCGCAGCCUCGAUUUAUGUCCGUCACUCUUGCUCAGGAUGACCCGCCAUCCCUCUUGCUCGACAAGAAUCUUCUCGACAUAUUUGGCGACUCCCUCGUUGGGGACACAGAUGCUAGCCUGAUACCGAUCUUCCUGGACUUGAAAACUCUUCCUCUGGAGGCCACGGGUAUUGUUUGCGGUGUCGCUGGUAUACUCGUACAAGACACCCAGAUAGCGGCGAGUUCUGAAUUAUCUUAUCUCUCGACUGCUCAGGCAGGUGCUGUGAUUCUUUCUGAAGAGCAGUCUGUCAGGGCUAUGGGUAUAUUGAAGCCAUUGCUCAGUGAAGAGCUGUGAUGCUUUGAGCUUGAUCAAUAUACUUGCGAUGGAAGAUAAGACUGUCACAAUGAUGUAAAAUUAUGGAAAGCUCACAAUCUAUGAGCCUAUGACCAAUGGCGCAACGGAGAUGGCGUUUGUUUUCUAAGAAGCCGGGCUGUUGGGUUUGUGUAAAAUCAUUAUCUGACUUGAGAAUUUCAGUAUUUUGUCAGGGGAAAAGUUCCUGGAGAUGUGCCUGGCUUCUAUAUUGAUACCAUGUUAUAGUACCA